CCCUCCGCCCCCCCGCUCUCCCUCCUCCAGUGCCUGUUCCUCGUCCUCUCUCGGCCUGAGGGAAGAGCCGUUCCCAGGCCGUGUGAGGAGGGGGCUUCGGGCCGCCUCUGUCGCGACCGAGGGGAAGGGAAGCGGUGGGAGUUCCUGGCCGGGCUCGGAGGCGGAGUGAGGCGAUGCUGGGGGGACUCGGGAGGCAGCGGCCAGCGCGGCGCUGAGAGAGAGAGAGAGAGAGAGAAGAGGGAAAGCGGAGCGAUGCACCGGCCCUGCAGCACAACGGCCAGGUUGAACGGCCGUGUCCGACGUUGCCCAACCGGGGCUUAGGUAACCUAAUCCAUGGGUAAAGUUGGGAAGAUGUGGAAUAGCUUCAAAUACAGAUGCCAGAAUCUUUUCAGCACUGAAGGUGGGAACAGAAGUGAAAAUGUAGAUGGAAACUGUAAUACAUCAAUUCAAGAUAAAAGUGUUUUCGUGCCUGACUCAGCUGAGCAACAACCAAACAGUCCUUUAAGAGAUGUUCCUUUACAGCUGGGUCUAAAUAUUUCAAAAAAUUCUUCAAGAAAAAAUCAAAACUGUGCCACAGAAAUCCCACAGAUUGUGGAAAUAAGCAUUGAAAAAGAGAGUGACCUGGGUGUUACUACAGGAGCUAGGAUUGCACGAAGGGAUUCCUACUCACGACAUGCACCAUGGGGUGGUAAAAAGAAGCAUUCUUGCUCUACAAAAACCCAGAGCUCUUUGGAGAAUGAGAAAAGGUUUGGCCGUUCUCGGUUGCAGAGGCGAGAGAGAAGAUACGGUGUGAGCUCUGUUCACGACACAGAUAGUGUCUCAAGCAGGACUGUGGGGAAUCGUUCUCUGCGGCAAAGACUGCAAGACACUGUGGGAUUAUGUUUCCCUAUGAGAACUUACUGCAAACAGUCCAAACCUCUGUUUUCUAACAAAAGGAAAAUACAUCUUUCUGAACUUAUGUUAGAAAAAUGCCCUUUCCCUGCUGGGUCAGACCUGGCCCAAAAAUGGCAUCUAAUUAAGCAGCAUACAGCUCCAGUGAGCCCCCACUCGAAUCUUUUUGAUGCAUUUGAUCCAUCUCUGGCUUCUACAGAAGACGAAGAGGAUAGACUCAGAGAAAGACGGAGGCUCAGUAUUGAAGAAGGAGUUGAUCCUCCUCCUAAUGCUCAGAUCCAUACCUUUGAAGCUACUGCACAGGUGAAUCCAUUAUACAAACUGGGGCCAAAGCUGGCUCCUGGUAUGUCUGAGUUGACAGGAGAAUGUAGUUCAUCACCACAGGGAAGUUCUGACCUGGAGGAAGACACAACUACUCUUUGCUUGCAGUCACGCAAGCAAAAACAGCGCCAGAUGUCUGGAGAGAGCCAUAGCCACAUCAGCAGGCAAGGAGCUUGGAAAGUACAUACUCAGAUUGAUUACAUACAUUGUCUUGUGCCAGACUUACUUCAAAUUACUGGUAAUCCAUGCUACUGGGGAGUAAUGGACCGUUAUGAAGCUGAAGCACUUCUGGAAGGAAAACCUGAAGGGACUUUUUUGCUCAGGGAUUCUGCUCAAGAAGAUUAUCUCUUCUCUGUGAGCUUCCGCCGCUACAACCGAUCUCUACAUGCACGCAUUGAGCAGUGGAACCACAACUUCAGUUUCGAUGCUCACGAUCCAUGUGUGUUUCACUCCUCCACUGUUACAGGGCUUCUAGAACACUACAAAGAUCCUAGUUCUUGCAUGUUUUUUGAACCAUUGCUUACAGUUUCCCUAAAUAGGACUUUUCCCUUCAGCUUGCAGUACAUCUGUCGGGCUGUAAUCUGCAAGUACACUUCGUAUGACGGGAUUGAUUGUCUCCCUUUGCCAUCAAUGUUGCAGGACUUCCUGAAGGAGUAUCAUUAUAAGCAAAAAGUUCGAGUGCGAUGGUUGGAGCGGGAACCAAUUAAGACAAAAUGAACAGAGAUGAUCCUCAGUAAGCUCACUAGAAUCUGUGCUUUUUGUGUGUAUAACUGCAAUAAGCACAUCAAUGUUUAGCCUUUUUGUUGCUGUUGUUGUUUUUUGCAAUAUUGUACUUCAGGCUUAUUGUAUCAGAUUAUGUCUGCAGUUGAUCAAGGCUAGUUGUGAAUACCUCUUGAAACAACAUGCAGAAUACAAAAAUCACAUGUCUGGGUGUUUUUUUAAAUGGAGGCUUUAAGGUUAUAAUCAGCCAAUUCUGAACUGUACUUUUUCUACUGCAGUUCCUAUAGUAAUUAUGUAAGGCAGCUACUGGGUAUUGCCCUUAGUUCCAUUCAAUUUCAGAUUUCUGAACAAAGUGGGCUGCUGGCAUUUUUGUUUGCUUAUUUGAGUAUAAGCACUUAAAUGUCAACACAUAUGUUCUAAUAUAGUUGUUUCCUCAGCAACAAAACAGAAUGCUACACUUUUCAAAGUUCAGUUUCUCCCUUGUCAAUUUUUGCAUUAAAGCUGUUUGUGGAGAAAAAUCCUGAGCAACAGGGAAACUGUGCCAUCACCUGGCACUUCUGAAAAUCAAUCAUGUGCAUUAAUGAGCAUUUGUAUGCAUCUUGCUCUUUAGCAAACUUCUUUUUUCUAAAUAGAGUUGUCUCCCAUUUAAAGGCAUUCAAUGAAUUAAUCAUGCGAAAAUAGAUUAAUCAGCCACAUAAAUCUACAUUUGCACAAGAGUAGAAUAAUAAUUCUAAAAGGAAAAAAACACAUCCCAGUCAUUGACAUCAUCCGCACAGAAUGCCUAAUAUGGUGAUUCAGAAGAGGCUUUAACCCUACUGCAGCUUCCCCAAUUUGUUACCUUCCAAGUGUGUUAGACUAGAAUUCCCAUCACACUCCUGCCACCACUUCUAAUGUUGGAUGAUUGGGGUUGCAUUCUGACAUAUCUGAGAGGUACCACAUUGGGGAAGGGUGGCAUGCUGUUCAGAAGGGGCAGUGCCUUGUGUAAAAUGUAAUUUGCUAUUUA